AUGAUGGCAACUCCAAGCACUUCAGCAAAUGCUACGAAUGCGACAGGUCUACCACCUCCGACCAGGGCUAAGAAGCCUUUUCCGCGUCCACGACCGCACUUCAAAAGUAAGGAAUUUCCCACACCAGCCAAACCGUCAACCACAUCGACUCCACUGACUAACGACCCACUCUGGCUAGACUCCUUCGUGCGUGAGGGCGACCAUGGCCUUACUGUCUCAGAAGGCAUAAAAGAGGCUCCAGCCGACGCUGUCGGAUAUGUAGAACUCAUCGAAAAAGAAUACGACGCAUUAGCAUCUUGCGAAAGGUACUUCGGAAAAGCAAACCAUGACCACGCG